AUGAAAAUUGCCGAAGCAAUGCUUCUCCCACGUGGAUCGUUCAAAGUUUUGAAUGCUGGCAAACCUCUCCACGAUGACGACAGCAAGCUGGCUGCAGCAGGCUUGAAAGAUGGUGCUAAACUGACGGUUGUGAUCAAUACGGGGGAUGCGGCCGACUCAAAUCCCGAGAUGGAAGCCAGGUUGAAGGCGAUUCUCGGCGAUUCAGCAACGCCGCUCAAUAUGCUUCGUUUACGGCAGGUAGGGUUUUGA